AACCGGGUCUUAUCCGUUAGCAAAAACACGUUCCGAUAGCCGAAGCAUCGGCACUCCAUCUUCAACUCGCUCUCGUCCAUGGCGUCUCUCCUCUCCCUCUCUUCGGCUCCUUUAACGAGGCUCGCCGUCGUCUCCAAUCAUCCCUCUUCCUCGUUCAAGGGGGGCUCCGGCAGCUUGAGAGCGAGACCGUGUUUGUUCCCUCCCGCGAAGCUGAUUCAGCUGAAGAGCAGACAGCGGCAGAAGCCCACGCUCGUCGUCAGCGGCAAGGCGUCUUCGUCGCCGGCCGUCGAGCAGCCGUCGUCGUCCUCCCCCGCCCGUUUCAGGCUGGACAACCUGGGACCCCAGCCUGGGUCGAGGAAGAAGGCCAAGAGAAAGGGUAGGGGUCAUUCGGCGGGCCAAGGGGGGAGCUGUGGGUUCGGGAUGAGGGGCCAGAAGUCCCGGUCUGGACCGGGCGUCAUGAGGGGCUUCGAGGGCGGUCAAAUGCCGCUCUACCGGCGUAUCCCUAAAUUGCGUGGCAUUGCGGGAGGCAUGCAUGCGGGAUUACCUAAGUAUGUUCCUGUCAAUCUAAAGGACAUUGAAGCAGCCGGAUUUCAAGAAGGGGAUGAGGUGUCUCUAGAGACUUUAAAGAGUAAGCGUCUGAUUAACCCAUCUGGAAGAGAAAGGAAACUCCCUUUGAAGAUUUUAGGAGACGGGGAACUAAGUGUCAAGUUAACUGUAAAGGCCCGUGCCUUUUCAGCAGCAGCGAAAGAGAAGCUCGAAGCUGCUGGCUGUUCCCUCACUGUCUUGCCUGGGCGAAAGAAGUGGGUUAAGCCUUCUGUUGCCAAGAACUUGGCACGUGCCGAAGAGUACUUUGCCAGGAAAAGGGCUGCAUCUGCUGCUGCAUCGGAACCCUCUACGUGAGCCAUUUCAAACUUUCAAGGUGUUCCCUUUUUGGCCCCUCUCUCUCCUGUGUCUAGUUGCCCUUCUAUCUCUCAUGUUGAAGUUGCAUCUCUUACCGUAUCUCCAAUUCAUUACCAUUAGUUUAGUUCAGCACUAGAAAGGUGCGAAUCAAGCUUUGUUUCCUGUAGAUUCAUUCGAAAUUUACUAUAAAACUCUAGCAAGUCUAAAUGCAGUCUGAAUGCAGAUGUCUGCUGAUUCUUUCUGUA